GGCGGCGGCCCCUGAACCGGCAGGAGCCCGCGGGCAGGAUGGGUCCCGCCCGGAGCAGGUGCUGGCUACCUUUGCCUUUCCCAGCCAAUAGACACUAGCUGGUGCGAUGGAUGAAGUGAUGGAGCUGCGGACGGAUGGGAAUUCCCUGCUAAAGGCGGUGUGGCUAGGCAGACUCCGGCUGGCCAGACUCUUGCUGGAAGGUGGGGCCUACAUCAGUGAAAGCAAUAAGAAGGGAGAGACUGCUCUCAUGGUGGCCUGCCUCACUAAACAUGUGGACCAGCAGAGUACCAGCAAAGGCCGGAUGGUGAAGUACUUGCUGGAUAACAGACCUGAUCCCAACAUCCAGGACAAAUCCGGCAGAACAGCCCUGAUGCACGCAUGCCUCAAAGAAGCCGGGGAAGAGGUCAUUGCUCUGCUGCUGGAGAAUGGAGCAGACCCGAGCCUAGAAGAUCACUCUGAAGCGUCUGCUCUGGUUUAUGCUGUCAACGCAGAUGACAGGGAUGUGCUAAAACAUCUCCUGAAAGCCUGCAAAGCUAAGGGGAAGGAGGUGAUCAUUAUAACUAUGGACAAAUCCUCGGCAGGUGCCAAAGCUACCCAACAAUACCUCCACGUCCUGCCAUCGCCAGAACUGGAGGAAAGGCAGGGCCCGGGCGUGUGCAUGACGCCUUUGGAGAGUGAGCUAAAAGCAUCCACUUCAGGGUCUUCAGGGGCUGCGAAGGAAGAGCCCUUCUCCCGCUUCCAUUCCGCAUGUGUCAGCAGCUGCCAGCCAGCCAAGGCCCUUCACGAGCCCUGGUCUCCUAGCAGGAAAUUCUGCAACCCCAAAAGAGCCCAUUUGCCGCAGCUGAAGAGGCUGCAGUCAGAACCAUGGGGCUUGAUUGCACCUUCUGUUCUAGCCUCCUCCGCCCAUACAGAUGAGGCCAAGAAGGUGUGUACAGAUGAUGAAAUCAUCCUGGACAUCAAUGACUUAUUCCUCUCCAGAAAGGUUUCCUUACCCAGGAACAGCAGCAGUAAGAGCAAAGACCCAUCUCUCUUCCCUUUGGUGGAUGACCAGGCUCUGAAGAUCCCACCAACUUCUGUGCCAGGAUCAAGGAAACCAUCCUAUGAAAAAGCUCAGCCCUUUCCUCAGUGCAUAGCCAGGAGGAGCGCGGUCCCUGCUGAGCCGGAGAACACCAACUCUGCCGGCUCGGGCUCCGCACCCUUCAAAGACACCCUGCACCGGAGAAGGCUGGGCACUGCACAUUACGAUUCGGAUUCACAGCUCUACUGCGAUUCCAGCUCCAUUCUGGCUGAUUCGGGGAAGGUGCCUUUGGAGAGAAAACAGCUCAACAGUUCCCAUUUGGCUUUGUUCAAUGGUUCCCAGGAAUCCCUGGACAGUGCUCCCAGCACUUCUCCAGGGAUGGUUCGCCGUAGGCCACCCAAUUUGCUGGAAAGACGGGGCUCUGGAACUCUCCUGCUCGAUCACAUUUCUCAUACAAGACCAAGGCUUUUGCCUCCUUUGAAUGUAAACCCCAACCCACCAAUUCCCGACAUCAGCUCUAACAGCAAACCGUCUUCCCCGCUCACUGGGGGCUUCAAACCCAUGCUCCCUGCUGCUCCAAGCUCACCGAGAAGGGGUGACUGGCGAGCCAAAAAGAAGCUGCUUCGAAGACACUCGAUGCAGGUUGAGCAGAUGAAACAACUCUCCAAUUUUGAGGAAAUAGUGGCCCAGUAGUCUGCAUUUCAAUGAAUUUUCCAUGAACAUGCACAAAGUCCCUGCUCUCUCAUGUGCCGCACAGUGGGGUCCCUGCAGCUGGCACCCCCUGCUCCAGGAGGGGCAGAGCAAGGGUCUGAUUCCCACAGCCUUGCACCUUUGGGGUCUGGGCACCGGGGCCAAGCCAGGAGCAUUUAACACUCCCGUUGCCCAGCUGUGGAGAUAACACCAGGUACAAACUGGGGAAUCAGCACCAGGUACUAAAAAUGUUUCUCUGCUGCUGCCCCCAGGUCUGGGUUUUUGUUCCCCAGGAUGAAUCUGGUGAAGGGUUGAUUGUAGAGGAACGUAGUGUGAGACACAUGAGACUUCUCCCAAAGGAACAUGAUCACCGUUCCUUCAUUCUCAAUUCUUUGUCCUUAAUCUCUAGCCUUUCCUACCCACACGGAAACGGUCGUGGGAUUGCCAGGGCCCGUGGGGCUGGUGUAUGUCUCAAGCGCCUACAGAAACAAAGCGGAGCUUCCUCUUGCCAGGAGGAGAAAGAGCUGAGCCCCCCGACAUGCUGAAUGUAUUGACAUCUGCCCUGAGCUGGAGAAGGGACACAAUUCUCUCUGCUUCCCAGAAAUUCUAGCACUUUAACAGGCCAGAUAACGGAACAGAUCCAGUCCUGGUGACACUCCAGUGCAACCAACGGGACUGCAUGAGGGAGGAGUUUGGCCCUGCACCUUCAGAGCCCCUGAGGCUGCCAGGCCGUUCCCAUUGCUUGGCGGGAUGUUCUGCUGUGGGCACUGCGUUGCCUGGUGGGGAGGAGGGGGGCAGCAUUUCCCUCUCUAGCUCGUGGGAAGGGCGGGGCCCAGGCCAGGCGUCUUUUCUUGGGGGAGGGGCCCCGGGGUGCGGAGCAGAGCAGGGAUCAUGUAUCGGGCCAGGACUCGUGGUGAAUUCAUCUGUGUGCUCUGCUCAGGGGAGGUGACUGGCCAUUUAAGUAACAUGCUGCUGGCUCUGUUCACAUCCAUGAGGCUCAGAGGAUUCCUACCCUGGGGCCAUCUGACUCCAGCCCCCAAAGGGCCCCCCUGACAGCACACAGCCCUCCUGCCGCUCUUCGUGUGAGAGGCUGUGGGGAGCCCCUCGCUGGGUUCCCAGCCAGCUGCAGGGAGGUGAGUGAGGGGCUACAGGGUCAGCCCCCACCUGCUGCAUCCAUGGUGACAUAUGCAGCAAGGCCCUCACCCUCAGCUUCACUGUGGCUGCACCUGGGGCACAAAGGGGCCUCAAGCCAGUUCAGCCCAACUCCUCUGGUGACAGCACAGCAGCUCCUGAUCUCUCCCUGCUGAACCCAAGCUGCCACAACAGUCCCUUGGGACCACUGGAAGGACCAUAAAUUGGAGCAGCCUUCAGGCUGCUCUAACUCAUGCUGCGGGACCAGCCUGUUC